UGAGGAAGCAACUACUGAGACGGAUCUCGAACAGCAGGCAGCACUUGUACAUGGGCAGAUCGCGCUUGAAGAAUCGGCUGAUGAUCUCCAGCAUACUACAGUUAAGUCUCCAGAUCUAGGAACGAGUGAAGAAUUGGAAAAGGUCCUCACACAAGCUUUUGACAAAACCGAAGAUACGCCAUUGGAUUCUUCAGCUCUAGGAACAAGUGAGGAAUUGGAAAAACCGGCACCUGUUGCUGAGGAAGCCACUACUGGAACGGAUAGCAAGUAGGCAGCAAUUGUAAAUGGGACACAGACAACGAGUGAGGAAAUGGAGAAGUUCUUCAAAGAAAGGGGACUUGGUUAUAUGUUGUAACCAGGUUUUGACAGGACAGAAGAAUUACCUGUGGAUAUUCCAAAAAUGAUACUUGAUAAAUAUCUUGAUAAAUGGAUUGACGAACCAGCAGCACCUGUUGCUGAGGAAGUAACUGCUGGGAUGGAUCUAGGAACGAGUGAAGAAUUGGAAAAGGUCCUCACACAAGCUUUUGACAAAAUCGAAGAUACGCCAUUGGAUUCUUCAGCUCUAGGAACAAGUGAGGAAUUGGAAAAACCGGCACCUGUUGCUGAGGAAGCAACUACUGAGACGGAUCUCGAACAGCAGGCAGCACUUGUACAUGGGCAGAUCGCGCUUGAAGAAUCGGCUGAUGAUCUCCAGCAUACUACAGUUAAGUCUCCAGAUCUAGGAACGAGUGAAGAAUUGGAAAAGGUCCUCACACAAGCUUUUGACAAAACCGAAGAUACGCCAUUGGAUUCUUCAGCUCUAGGAACAAGUGAGGAAUUGGAAAAGGUCCUCACACAAGCUUUUGACAAAACCGAAGAUCAGCCAUUGGAUUCUUCAGCUCUAGGAACAAGUGAGGAAUUGGAAAAACCGGCACCUGUUGCUGAGGAAGCAACUACUGAGACGGAUCUCGAACAGCAGGCAGCACUUGUACAUGGGCAGAUCGCGCUUGAAGAAUCGGCUGAUGAUCUCCAGCAUACUACAGUUAAGUCUCCAGAUCUAGGAACGAGUGAAGAAUUGGAAAAGGUCCUCACACAAGCUUUUGACAAAACCGAAGAUACGCCAUUGGAUUCUUCAGCUCUAGGAACAAGUGAGGAAUUGGAAAAGGUCCUCACACAAGCUUUUGACAAAAUCGAAGAUACGCCAUUGGAUUCUUCAGCUCUAGGAACAAGUGAGGAAUUGGAAAAACCGGCACCUGUUGCUGAGGAAGCAACUACUGAGACGGAUCUCGAACAGCAGGCAGCACUUGUACAUGGGCAGAUCGCGCUUGAAGAAUCGGCUGAUGAUCUCCAGCAUACUACAGUUAAGUCUCCAGAUCUAGGAACGAGUGAAGAAUUGGAAAAGGUCCUCACACAAGCUUUUGACAAAACCGAAGAUACGCCAUUGGAUUCUUCAGCUCUAGGAACAAGUGAGGAAUUGGAAAAGGUCCUCACACAAGCUUUUGACAAAAUCGAAGAUACGCCAUUGGAUUCUUCAGCUCUAGGAACAAGUGAGGAAUUGGAAAAACCGGCACCUGUUGCUGAGGAAGCAACUACUGAGACGGAUCUCGAACAGCAGGCAGCACUUGUACAUGGGCAGAUCGCGCUUGAAGAAUCGGCUGAUGAUCUCCAGCAUACUACAGUUAAGUCUCCAGAUCUAGGAACGAGUGAAGAAUUGGAAAAGGUCCUCACACAAGCUUUUGACAAAACCGAAGAUACGCCAUUGGAUUCUUCAGCUCUAGGAACAAGUGAGGAAUUGGAAAAGGUCCUCACACAAGCUUUUGACAAAAUCGAAGAUACGCCAUUGGAUUCUUCAGCUCUAGGAACAAGUGAGGAAUUGGAAAAACCGGCAUCUGUUGCUGAGGAAGCAACUACUGAGACGGAUCUCGAACAGCAGGCAGCACUUGUACAUGGGCAGAUCGCGCUUGAAGAAUCGGCUGAUGAUCUCCAGCAUACUACAGUUAAGUCUCCAGAUCUAGGAACGAGUGAAGAAUUGGAAAAGGUCCUCACACAAGCUUUUGACAAAACCGAAGAUACGCCAUUGGAUUCUUCAGCUCUAGGAACAAGUGAGGAAUUGGAAAAGGUCCUCACACAAGCUUUUGACAAAAUCGAAGAUACGCCAUUGGAUUCUUCAGCUCUAGGAACAAGUGAGGAAUUGGAAAAACCGGCACCUGUUGCUGAGGAAGCCACUACUGGAACGGAUAGCAAGUAGGCAGCAAUUGUAAAUGGGACACAGACAACGAGUGAGGAAAUGGAGAAGUUCUUCAAAGAAAGGGGACUUGGUUAUAUGUUGUAACCAGGUUUUGACAGGAUAGAAAAAUUACCUGUGGGUAUUCCAAAAAGGAUACUUGAUAAAUAUCUUGAUAAAUGGAUUGACGAACCAGCAGCACCUGUUGCUCAGGAAGUAACUGCUGGGAUGGAUCUAGGAACGAGUGAGGAAAUGGAGAAGUUCUUCAAAGAAAGGGGACUUGGUUAUAUGUUGUAACCAGGUUUUGACAGGAUAGAAAAAUUACCUGUGGGUAUUCCAAAAAGGAUACUUGAUAUAUAUCUUGAUAAAUGGAUUGACGAACCAGCAGCACCUGUUGCUGAGAAAGUAACUGCUGGGAUGGAUCUAGGAACGAGUGAGGAAAUGGAGAAGUUCUUCAAAGAAAGGGGACUUGGUUAUAUGUUGUAACCAGGUUUUGACAGGAUAGAAAAAUUACCUGUGGGUAUUCCAAAAAGGAUACUUGAUAUAUAUCUUGAUAAAUGGAUUGACGAACCAGCAGCACCUGUUGCUGAGGAAGUAACUGCUGGGAUGGAUCUAGGAACGAGUGAGGAAAUGGAGAAGUUCUUCAAAGAAAGGGGACUUGGUUAUAUGUUGUAACCAGGUUUUGACAGGAUAGAAAAAUUACCUGUGGGUAUUCCAAAAAGGAUACUUGAUAAAUAUCUUGAUAAAUGGAUUGACGGACCUAAGAAAAAGUGAGGAAAUGGAAAAGUUCUUUACAGAAAGUUGACUUGUUUAUAUGUU